CAUAAGUUUUAAUGUUUGUCAUAACUCGCAACCUCUCUUCUUGCUCCGACGGCCCACAAAUCCUGAAUCUGAUGUGAGGUAAUAAGCUCCCUUGUCUCUCUUGUUCUUCUCACCCGAGCCUGCCUUGGAUCCAGCGAUGGCGGUGUUGCUGGGGGAGGACGGGCUGGGCUACGAGCUCGCGCGGAGGAUGGAGCAGUGCGGGGCGUGGCGGGCGUGGCUCGGCGACGCCGCGUACGCCGCCUUCGCCCACUUCCUCACCUCCCCCGCCGCAUGGGAGGCCUUCCUGACCGCUUCCCCCGCCGCCUCCAAAGCCCACCUCCAUCUCCAGCUCCGAGCCCGCGCACUCCUCUAUGACAAGGCCUCCAUCGCUCUCUUCCUCCGCCCCUCCUCCUCCGGUGGCUUCUCUAUUUCCAACCUCAACCCCAGCUAUCUGCAGUUGCAUGGGGAUGAUAUUUAUUACUCAUUGGAAGAUGAUCAGCAAGAUGGAGUUCAACAUCUAGCACAAACUAGAUCAGGAUCAAGAUACAGUGAUCCUGAGAAUCCAAAUUCCUCCCAGAGGCGUAGGCAUGAAGAGUGGUCUGAUUCAUGGUAUAACCAAUUUAGUGAAAGGCAUAGAUUAAGACAUCACAGAUUCCCAUAUGGCGAAAAGGAGUCACACAGACGAACAUCUGAGGGAAUGUCUGCAUAUGUCAAGCUUCGUGAUUUACAUAAAAGAAAGAGGAAAGCAUUUAAGGAGGACAACUAUGUUGGUGCUGGUGAUCCUCUCUUGGAGAAUGGGUCGUCCGUACAUUCCAAAAUUGUUUCAGAUGUAAUUAAUUCAACUGAUGAAGAAAUUACAUUCUUCCCAGAAAUGAUGUUUCCAUCUAACUGUGUACCUGAUACUGCACUCCUACUGACAAAUGGAACGAAGGAGAAUCAGAAAGUAGAAGUUUAUGGGGUUCUUGAUAAUUUGCCUGCUGUAGUAAGCCGGAAUCCAGCAAUGAUAGAAAGGUUUGGCAUAAUACCCGAGUAUCAUAAGAUGGGAAGCAAAUAUAGAGGAAAAGAUGGAUCUGGAGGGGUGAGGAAGCCUCUUGGUCAAGAGCAAGCAUCCCAGAUGACUCACAAGGCAGUGGCUCGUUUGUUGGAAAGUAUGGGUUUUGAAGGUGGGACUGAAGUCUCAAUGGAAGUCCUCUCAGAAAUUUUUAGUAGUCAUAUCUGUAAAUUAGGCCGCAUCUUGAAGCUUCUUAGUGAUAGCUACAAAAAGCAAUUCUCAUCGAUUGAUCUCAUUAAGAUGUUUCUGCAAACUGCAGGAUCCAGUAAUUUUGAGACCUUAAUAGAAACUAUGAAGGAUGGUAACAAGGGCUUCACCCACCAAACACAACAACACGUUCGUGCACUCCAGCCACAACAUCAGAAUCCUCUCCUGCAGUCUCAACAACAGAUCCAAAGACAAUUGCAUCCCCAAAUGAAUAUGCUUCACCCCCAGAUAUUUCAGCAGCAGCAGCAGCAGCAGCAGCAAUGGGAUAGAUUACGCCAACGCCAAAUAUCCACUCCUCGUGGUUCUGUAAUGAUUAUGGACAAAGAUCAGCCAAUGGUAGAUGUCAAGAUUGAAAACAUGUUGGAAUCGUCAAUAGACAACCCAUUCAGCACACUCAAUAAACAUCAACUGCAGUUAAGACACCAGCAGGCGAUGGCUAAUCACCUUCUUCAAUCAGGCCAGCAGUUCAAACAACUACCGUCUGUCCAAAUUCCUCAGCUUCAAGCACAGAAUGCUUAUAACAUGAGAACACCACCAGUAAAAGUAGAAGCCUUCAAUGAAUUGAUGGGUGGGGAUUCAACAUUAAAGCAUGAGCCGGAGCAUAAUAAACUGACUUCUCCCCCUAAAUAGAGUUUCAUACUUCCCUGGACCAAUGUACAGAUGUUAGGUGGUUAUGUUAGGGAUUUAUGGCAUAUUUUUGUUUGUUUAUGUUUAUGAUCAGUAUGAAAUUCUUCAUUCAUGGUUCAUUAGUGUUAACAUGUGCUGCCAGCGUGAGGAUAUUUCAGCAUCUUUAUUAGCAGUCUUUGUAGAUGCAUGCAUCAGGGCAUGCUUGCACGUACGAUCUUUUCUUGACAUCUAUGUACGUGUUAUGUUAUGGAGCGAAAACAGAGACUGUUAUCUGAUGUUUCAGAGCAGUUAAAAAAAUUAGUAUGACAUCAUUUCCAUGCAACUAGCUCUGGCUUAGCAAAAAUAAAAAGGGUAUACA